UGGCGUUUUUAAGAGAAAAAAUCAUGGGUUCCAGAGUUAAUAUAAUUGUUUCUUACAACGGUGUUUGGGAACAGAAAGGAGAAAAAUGGAAUUUCAAAGCUGGUUCGAACACUAUAAUACAUGUACCAAUUGAUGUUGGUUACAUAGAAUUAUUGGAGAAGUUGUAUUCAAAGUUGAAAGUGGAUAGGUCAUUGUUUGACUUAAAGUUGGAAGUGCCGUUUACAUGCAAUGAUUUUAGUGUAGAUCCCAUUGAAAUCACAGAUGAUGAAGGAGUUAGUGCUCUUAUUCUUGAAAAUUCAAAGUCCUUAAAACAUCGGGUUCCUUUAUGCGUUAGUUCGAUUGCAAAGAACAUUGCUCUUAUUGAUCCAUCUCCUAGAGCGAGUGUUAAUAUGGAAAAUCAUAAUCAAUCAUGCACGGCUAUUCCACAAACAGCUACUGGGCCAAGUGUAUGCAUGGGAGGUCCUAGUCAUAAUGAAACUUUUUUUCCCUCAACAAAUCUCCCGCAUGAUGAUGGGUAUGAGUAUGAGCCUUAUGUCAAUGACGAUCCAAGGGACACUGGAAGCAUCCUACCAGAAGUUACCAUCGUACCUGUUCAUGCUUCAACAGAAAAAUCCCGGGACGUUGACAGAUUUUGUCACUGA